CAGCUCUAGCCUUUCUCUCCAGCUUGGAGCAGUAGGAGAUGAGGAUCCCAGGGCCAGCCCUGGGGUCAAUAUUGCCCUGGGCAAGGAGUGCCUUUAGUCUCCUCCCUCCAAAUAGCUUAUCAGUAUUGCCAAGUUGUGUGGCUUGUGUGCAGCAUUUCAAAAUUUAGUAGGGUAACAGGCCCUGCCACUGUUCCAGGGUUUCCCCAGUCCAGAACCACCUCUCAGUAAUUUGCUGCUUUGCUGUUGCUACUGCUCUGUUCCAAGAUUCCACUGAACUCUCAUGGACCUUCUGCCGCUUCUUCUGUCAUCUUCCACUUUCUCCCUCGCUCAUUGCAGAUGGUACACUCGGAUAAGUGCCCUGAACGACCGUCCAGCUCACCUACCCCUAAUGCGGGUCCUCCGCCUUCCCAGUUCCCAGCUAAAGAGAGGAAGGUUUGGACUCCUCUAGUCACCACCUCAGCAGGUGAUGGGAUGCUCGCCAUGAUGAGGAUGGUGCUGAGCCACUCUGCAGCAAGAUGGCCUCCCCUGGUACCCCAGGAACCCGGAUGACCUCAACAGUCAGUAUCAACAUCUCCACUCCAAGUUUCUAUAGCCCUCAGAAAAAGUUUGCGCCCGUUGUUGCUCCCAAGCCCAAAGUGAACCCCUUCAAGGCUGGUGGUGCUGUGUCUGGAAAUGCCUCGGAGCAUACACUCCCUCCCCCUCCUGGAGCCUGUGCUCAGAUCGGGAAAGUGGGGGAGAUCCCGACAGCAGUGGCACUUCCUCUUGCUGAAGAGUUUCCACUGCCACCCCCGCCCCCUCCAGGUGAAGAGAUGGUUCUCUCCCCAAACAGUGCGUUUCCUCCCCCACCACCUCCCUUUGAGGAGCCGUUUCCUCCAGCUCCAGAAGAGGUCUUCCCUUCCCCUCCACCUCCUGUGGUGGAGGAGCCACCUGUGGCCCUGAGUGGGCUGCCUGCCCCCCAGGGGCAGGCCCGUGGGAAGAUGAGCAGUAUUGAUUUGGAGAUUGAUUCUUUGUCCUCAAUGCUGGAUGACAUGCAGAAGAAUGAUCCCUUCAAGUCCCGGGUGUCUCCAGGUUCCAUGGCACCUGCCGGUGUCGGUCCUGGCUCCAAAGGUUCCCCAGAAGCCAUGGCUCCACCUAAAGAUGUUCCAGCUCCUGCUUCUUUCCCCUCCAAUUCCAUCUCCAGCCCUAGUGGAAGUUUCGUGCCCAAACCCCAGAGAGAAACAUCUCCUGUUCCUCCCCCAUGGGUAACCGCCAAGCAGCGCAGAGACUCGCCAUCGACACAGCUUCCAGUGCCGCCACCUGCUCCUGCGCCUCCUCCCCCUUCAACUGCACCGGCCCCGAAGUACACUCCACCUCCUGUUGCCCCUGCCCCCAAAUUUGUACCUAAGCCAGCUUCAAGUUUUCCGAAACAGGCUACCCCAGCCCCUGCUCAGCCGCGCUUCCCAGCACCUUCCAGUGCAGGCUCGUUCCAGAAGCCACAGCCUCCCACUUUCACCUAUGCACAACAGCGGGAAAAGCCCCAGGUUCAGGAGAAGCUGCGCCCUGCUGGACAGCCGCCUGCCCAGCGAGAUAUGCGCAACCCUGUCGUGCUUGCAAACACUGGACCGGAUCCUCCCAGAGGAAACUCUGCUUUGACCAUGAAGGAAGUGGAGGAGCUGGAGAUGCUAACCCAGAAGCUCAUGAAGGACAUGGACCACCCACCCCAUGCAGAAGCCUCCACUUCCGAACUCUGUGGCCUGUGCCAUAAGGCCUUGUCACGGACACAGCCGGCAGUCCGGGCCCUGGACAAGCUCUUCCAUGUGGAGUGUUUCACCUGCUUCAAGUGUGAGAGGCAGCUGCAGGGGCAGCAGUUCUACAAUGUGGACGAAAAGCCCUUCUGUGAGGAUUGCUAUGCUGGCACCCUAGAGAAGUGUUGUGUGUGCAAGCAAACUAUCACGGACCGGAUGCUGCGGGCCACUGGCAAUUCCUACCACCCUCACUGUUUCACCUGUGUGGUAUGCCAUAAACCUCUUGAGGGAGCCUCCUUCAUUGUGGACAAAGCCAACCAGCCACAUUGUGUGGACGAUUAUCACAGAAAAUAUGCCCCCCGCUGUUCUGUGUGUGCCGAGCCCAUCAUGCCAGAGCCUGGGAAGGAUGAGACUGUUCGUGUGGUGGCCCUGGAGAAGAAUUUCCACAUGAAAUGCUACAAGUGUGAGGACUGUGGGAAGCCCCUCUCCAUUGAGGCAGAUGAUAAUGGCUGCUUCCCUCUGGAUGGCCAUGUGCUGUGUCGGAAUUGUCACACCACACGUGUCAAAGCUGCCGCCUGAGGGCCUUGGAUCAGAAUGUCCCCUCCGUGUACUCCUUCCUUCUCCCUCACCCCCACCCUGACUCCCAGCCAGUGGACCUGAUGAUCUCUGUGGUCUCCUGUGAUCCCCCGAGUUCCCUCCUUGGUAUCCUGUGCAUUUCUACCUAAAAAGUGUGUCCAGCAACGUCUCUUCCUUCCCAUCCAAGGGAUUUCCCCCCCCCCCCUUUUAUAUAUAUAAAUUGCCCUUCCAAGAUGGGAUCUUCCUUAACUCCUCACUUACUGUGGCUGCAAUAUAUUCUUCUAGAUGCAGUGGAAAGUGACUUGGAGGCAUAUCUUGCUGUAAGCCCUGCAAUACUCCUUCCUUCCUUACUGAGUAAUAAAGUAAUCCUGGAGAAAAAGGCCUCCCAACCUGCUGUUUUCUCCUGACCCUGCCAAGUAAAGGCACAGAUUGUUUCUGCUGUCCUGUGUGCAGGUUUGGAACAUGAAACUGUUCAGCUGGUGGCUUCUUUUCUCAGUUUGGGAGAACAAAGUCUUUGCUCUACAGAGUGAUGCUAUUAAUCCAUCUGUUAGGGUCUUCAGUUGUGGGCCUACUUGCCUGCGUGGAGCUCCUCUUGGCUCCUGGGUUUUAUGGACCAUUUGCCCUUUUUCUGUCCCCCAGAGUUCCAUGUGGUCCCAGUUUUUUGUCCUGUGUGGUGCAUAGGCGUCACCAUUUCCACACAGCAAACUAUCCAAAGGACUUGCCUGUUUGAGGGGCUUGUAAGGGUUCGUUGUGGAGUAGUCCUGCUUGGUGCUGAGAGAGGUGUCCUCAUCAGGGCUUGUUUUGUUCACAGCCUCUGUAUGGUGGGUGCCUUCCACGUCCUGUUAAGCCACUCCCUUCAUAGUCUGUGGGACUGUUUCAUAUGACUGUUCUGGAGUUCUGUUUGACACAGUUGGUCGCUGGGCUGGGCUGAACAUUUUGGAUAUUGUCCUGCCUCAGCCACUGUUUGCAUCUAAUAAAACUAUGUGAGGUUUUGUUUUU